GUUUUCCAUGCAAUCUUCGUUUCCUGCUGUAGUUGUUUUGCGUUGUUAGGGUGUUUGCUGAUUUGUAGCAAUUUGUAGUGAAAAGAAUAUCUGGUAACUCCCCGAAAGGUUACCAAAAUUGUGGCCACCACAUGUGAUACUCGUUGUGCCGAUGAAGGCCACGAAGAGAGGUCGACAGCACAGUCAGGAUAUAUGAUAAUUUAAUUUGCUUCUCGGCUACGCUGUCGAAUGAAGCUAGGAAAAAUAAUUUGUGUUUUUUAGCACGCACCCUCAUUUUGGCUGGUGCAGUUGCGAUGUCGCACAGUCCUCCCAGCUAUAUGGACGGUGUUCCGGUAAAAAUAUCCGAACGAUUUAAACCACCCCCGAAGAUCGUGCUUCCCCAGGGGGUCGUUAAUCGUUUGAGUCAGUACGAUGUGGUGCAGGUGAUGAAUGAAUCAUGUUACGAUGGCGAAUUAGAAGACACGGUACUUAAGCGCAUAACGGAAUGGAAGGCCAUCAAGGAGCGGGAGCGCUACGAACGAAAAGCCAGACUACAGGCGAAGGAACAGGAGCGAGUGCGAUUGGUCGAAGCGGAACAAAAGCGAAAGUUAAAUCAAAUUUCCUACCCAAACACGGAUGAGCUGUCCAGUGCUAGCGAUGAUAACGAUGAGGGCAUUAGCACUGCUAGAGUGGCGAACGGGUCCGAGGAUGAGUACGAGGAGGACAACGAUGAAUCCGGACCGUCCGGGUCGUCGGAUGAGCGCGCGAAUUUGAAACCGUUCGACCAUAUGAGUCAGCUUAGCUCGAUAUUGGUACCGACUGUGAUACGGGAAGCAGUACCCAGUGCUGUGGACGCACCAGCAUACCCAGAUGUCCCCAUGAAUGCAAAUAUCAUUCCAAAGACGGCGCAAGUCGAAACGGCGAGGCCGAUGAAUGCCUCAUUCGGGAGCAAUAACAACAAUAACAAUAACAAUAAUUAUAAUAAAAUCAAUUACUCCGAUUUCGAGAACGAUACCUCGAGUCCGUUUGACAACAUGGAGCUGCGUACAAUCAACGAUCUGGAUAUUUUAGCCCAAGUGUUGAAGCAGAAUAUAACUCUCACAAGCCCGGAAACGGACGCCGAAAAGAAUGAUACAAAGAACUGGCAAUCGCAGGAUCCAGACAAACAGCGUGAAUCUGAAGAAAAGAAACAAGCGCCGUUACCAGGGGCAACGGCACACUCCUCCACUGUUGCACCGUCCGAGCAACAACAGCUACAGCAGCAGCAACUUCCAGCGCCCUCAAAUCCCGUACCGCUUUCUACUAACCCAUACAAUUCGGCAUACAGCACGAAUCAACAGUAUUCGAUGUACGCGACCCAAUACCCACAUUCGGCUCAAACAACAAUUGUACCGAGUGGUGGAAAUGACUAUCUCUCUUCGUCGUACAAUACUUAUCAACCCUACGCCAACUAUGGUGCCCAGUAUGACACCGUGGCUGCAACAGCUUCCUCUUUUUCUUCGGCAAAUGUGGGAGAAACCCGCUACCCUAUGGGUAAUUAUACCAGCCCAACGUAUCAUGUUCCUCCGGCUAGUCAAACCCACCAGGCCUCAUAUCCGUCGGUGGCUUCAAAUUAUGCCUACGGCUAUCAACAACAGCAUUCGUACGUUACCGCACCGUCAACGUCGAUGGCGAGUGGCACCGGGACAUCGACGUAUACGCCAAAUUACGGAUACAACACGACUACAACGUCCGCUGCGGCGCCUAGUGUUUAUGGUGCUGGUUUCGCGCGCGAAAACUAUCAAUCCCUGCACGCCGUUUCCACUCCGGGUGCAACAGCUACUGCAAAUCCUUCCGUCUAUACGACUGCUGCUGAACAUUCUGUAGCCGGUUUCGAUGCAGCAGCGGGACUUAAGUCAAAAUCGAGAAGUGUUCCGGACAUCAUGCGCCAGCUGAACGACGAGGUGCAGGAUUCCGUAACGAGGCGUACGCGAAAUAACAGUCAAACGAUCAGCGAUCGUCAGACUACGAGCCUGCGCGGUCAAGAUACUGUGCCUAAUAUUACGGAUGAGAAGCGUGUCGAUUAUACUAAAUACAACCAGCUCUCGCAAGCAGAUCAGAAUGUUGUCAAGCGAAUCAACUCUAUGGGUUUUCCACUGGAGCGCGUCGUUUGGGUACUGCAGCGCAUUGGGAACGACGAUAAAAAGAUCAUCGAGCACUUGAUACCAUUGAGCGAACUGCUCGAUCUUGGCUUCGAAGGAGAGAAAAUCUCGGACGCACUUUUGAAGUUCGGCAACAAUAAGCAUAAAGCGCUUGAUUUUUUGAUUUCGUAAGGUUGCUCGGCGCGAGAUUACGUGUCAACUGUCGUGUGCAAUACGGGACAUAUGUAUAGUGAAAACGUGUCGAAUAUAACGAAUGGAUAGCAGCAUCGAAUGCCAAAAAAAUUGCCCUCAAUUUUUGAUGACAAUUGGUAAUCCUGUAUGAUUUUUUUUCAUUAUGUUACAGAUGAACCGUUCGAUUAAAAUGUUAUGUUCAGUUAAGUUCGUAUUUCUUACUAAAUUUGCUUGAUUUGCAAAAAUAAUACGAUGAAUGGAAAAAGACACUCAAUCUGAUUAGAUCAGCGUUACUGCUCGUCCUCGGAUAUACGUAUUGAAGAAAUAUUAUCGUCAGCUUUUGUUAUGCAAUCUUACUAGAGCGUUAGUAGUGUCAUGAAAGGGAUAUGCAGGCUGAUCCUCAUCAACAACCGUUUGGGUUGUUUUUGUGUCUUAUAACUAUUUAUGAAAAAAAAAAAAAUAAACGUUUAAACACGUAACA